CUUGCACAAAAUGUACGGAGUCUAGCCACACUAUGGUAACCUGAGAUAAGAGAAGAAAAUGAAAAUACCGAAGAGAAAACUAUUUCUUCUCAUUAUUUUUGCCUACGUAGCAUUUUCUCUUUACGCUGCAUAUAAUGUUUUCUUCAGCAACAAAGUAAUCUCCCGCGUUCAUAGGGUGGUGAAGAAGGAGCCCGGAGCACCGUCGGGUGGUGUCAGAGAUGGCGGUGCUCCAUUUGUUGCAGAUGAGUGGAAUCCGUGGGAGGAUGAAGAGGUGGAGUACAACUCCGCUUUAAACAAAAAAAGACAGGCCUUUAAACAGCAAAUGGCUCGAAUGAAUAAAAAUAAACCAAAAAGAUACAACGUCCAAAUCUGGGGAAAAGCUGCCAUUGGGCUUUAUCUUUGGGAACAUAUUUUGGAAGGACCUCUUAACCCAACUGACAAAGUAGCACAAUGGAGGGAGGGAGAGCUGCAGUCAGGAAAGAUUGAAUUCAGUUUCUACACUGGGCCAGCUGUGGUCCAGGGUCACGUUCCUCUGGAAAUGAACAGUCUGGUUUUGGUUCUCAAUGGCCGAGAGCAGCAGAAGGUCACUUACUCCACACGCUGGCUGGAGCACGUCCAGGCUCUAGUUCAUUCCAAUACACUAUCUCAUGUAGCUGUGGUUCUGCUGGGCAAUGAGCAAUGCAACAAUGACUGGAUCGCCCCACACUUAAAGAGAAAUGGUGGCUUUGUAGAUCUGCUGUUCCUCGUUUAUGACAGUCCGUGGGUCAACGAUAAGGAUGUUUUCCAGUGGCCUCUUGGCGUUGCCACAUACAGAGAGUUUCCCAUGAUCAGGCCUAACGCCCAGUUGAUAACUUCCAACCGACCAUACCUCUGCAAUUUCUUGGGAACAGUUUACAAAAAUUCCUCCAGGGAAGCGUUGAUGCAGGUGCUGAAACAGUCGGGCUUAGAUAAGGAAUGCCUCACUGCUGCCAGGGAUAAGUGGCUUCCUCAGGAAACAUCAGACAGUCUGAAGCGCUAUCAGACAGCUCUGGCUCAGAGCGAGCUCACUCUCUGUCCAGUGGGGAUCAACACAGAGUGUUACCGCAUCUAUGAAGCGUGCUCCUACGGCUCUGUGCCCGUGGUUGAAGAUGUGCUGACCCCUGGGAGCUGUGCAGCAGGGCCCAGCUCUCCGCUGCGUCUCCUAAAGGCUGCCGGGGCGCCCUUCAUCUUCAUCAGUGACUGGAAGGAGCUGCCGGCCAUCCUGGAGAGGGAGAGAGGAAUGAGCCAGGAGCAGAGGGUGGACAGGAGGAGGAGGCUGCUGGAGUGGUACUCCAGCUUCCGUCAGCAGAUGAAGGAGAGGUUCACUGAGGUCAUCGAGGAGAAUUUCUUCAAAAAUGUCUGACUGGUGGUUUUUUUUAUAGGAUUCCCAAUAAAUAUUGAUGUAACUUG